UCAUUGGACGGCGUACGUUCCCGAGGAGUCAGCAUCGGGUGGUACACACCUAUCACUCCGAAUCCUACCUUCUUCAUGAAGGCAUUCGAUGACAGGUUGGGGGCUUCGCCGUUCUUGGGGGCUGGUUCGAGGAUACAUUUCAAAAGAAAACGCCUUGAACAGCCUCGAUAUCCUUCCUGGCUGGCAUGUGACUGCUGCUCGAGGCUUGCAGGUGUUGAAGCGAAAUGGCUGUAUAAGAGUGGCAUGGCGCUCGUCUGGUGAAGCUUCUGUCAUGUCUGGAAAUCAAUGUCCGUCGAAGACAUAUUCAAGUUCCUCUUCAUCCAAUUUUGGAAGGUUGUCAACAUCUUCAUUGCAUGGCACAAAUUGCCAGCCUUCAUUGGCGCCUUCAACCUUCUGGCGUUGCGAUUCGAGCUGCGCCAGGAGAACCUAUACGAUACAUACCCCUCUCCUGAAGACCAAGGCACACCGGCGCAAUGUCCCAUGGCCGACACCAAGUUCAUGGCCGUCAGGAACUCAGAUGGCCUCUAUAACGACCUCCAAGCGCCCAAGAUGGGCUGCGCCGGGAUGCGUUUCGGCCGCAACAUCCCCAGAGAGCACGCCAAGAUGCCCACCCACGAAGAGCUGUAUACGCCGAACCCGAGACUCAUCUCUGAGAGGAUUCUCGCGAGACCGGAAGGUGGCUUCAAGCCCGCCACGAUCGUCAACCUGCUCGCCGCUGCUUGGAUCCAAUUCCAGGUCCACGACUGGGCGCAGCAUGCCUCGAGCGAGGAGACUUGGGAAGUUCCCAUGCCCAAGGGAGACACCUGGCCAGACAAGAAGAUGAAGAUCUUCAAAACCAAGGUCGACAGCACCCUCUCCAAGCUGGAUGACGAGUCGCCGGGCUACAAGAACGAAAACACGCACUGGUGGGACGGCUCGCAGAUCUAUGGUUCAACUGAAGCCGAGACCGUGGAGCUUCGAUCCAACUGCCAUGAUGGACAGCUUGCGGUCGAUCGUGUGAAUGGCGAGCAGUUCCUUCCUCGCGAGAACGGUAUUCCUAAAACCGGCUUCCAUCAUAAUUGGUGGGUUGGUCUUGAGAUACUGCACACCCUCUUUGCUUUGGAGCAUAAUGCUAUCGCUGGCCACCUCAAACUGUCGAACCCGUCGUGGACGAGUGAUGAGAUCUUUGACACGGCGAGGUUGAUCAACUGUGCACUCAUGGCCAAGAUUCACACCGUCGAGUGGACGCCUGCUAUCCUGAAGCAUCCAACAUUGAAGAUCGGCAUGGAGGCGAACUGGUGGGGUUUGGUUGGAGAGAAGCUGUGGCACGUCUUCGGCCGUAUCUUUGACAACAAGUCCGAGGUCAUCUCAGGCAUCCCGGGCUCAGGAACCGACCAAGACGGCGCCCCAUACUCUCUGACCGAGGAAUUCGUUUCCGUAUACCGUCUGCACCCGCUCGUCCCCGACGACAUUGCCUUCUUCAAAGUCAAGAGCGGACAACACGCCGACACCCUCCCAAUGAAGGAGGUCGCUUUCGAAAGAGCCCGCACGCCAUUAGACGACAAGACCACGAACAACAACGGCCUAGGCUUGAACUUUGCCGACGUCUUCUACUCCUUUGGCGUCAACUACCCCGGCGCCAUCCGCGCGAAGAACAUGCCCAACUUUCUCCGUGAUCUGCACCUUCCCGCCGACAAAGAAUUUCCUCAGGGCAGGCAUCUCGAUAUGGGAACCGUCGAUAUCCUCCGUGACCGUGAGCGCGGCGUGCCGAGGUACAAUGCCUUCCGCCGGCUGUUCCACAUGCCGCCCGUCCGCAGCUUCAAGGACCUGACGGGCCCCGGUGCGGAGGCCGCAAAAUUGGCAGCGGAUUUGGAGGAGGUAUAUAAUGGCGAUAUCGAGGCCGUUGAUCUCCUGGCUGGCACGCUCAGUGAGCCUCUGCCUGAAGGUUUCGGCUUCAGCGACACGGCUUUUCGCGUCUUCAUUCUCAUGGCUAGUCGCCGCAUCAAGUCUGAUCGGUUCCUCGCCGGCGAUGGAUGGUGCCCCGAGGUGUACACGCGGGAGGGUAUGGACUGGGUGCAGAAGAACACCAUGAAGGAUGUGCUGUGUAGACAUUUCCCUGAGCUUGCUGCGCCGUUGCGUAAUGUUGACAACGCGUUUGCCCCUUGGGAGAAGGUCGGCCGGACAGCCGAGUACAAGGGGAAGGAGACUACUGCUUGAGCAACGAUUGCCCAUUCAAAGCCUGCUACGUUUGCUUGCUUUCGGUGUUCGUUCCAUUUUGACUGUAGGAUUGACUUGGAGAUAUGAAAUUGGCAAGGUAAAAUGGUGACAGAAGACAAGAUUGUCAAGUUUUGCCCCAGGUAUUGAGUAUGCUGGGUUGGUAGGUAGCCUCGGUCGAAUCAAGUAUCAAACAAAAUACUUCAUUUGGGAUUUUAAGAGUCUUUCAAAGUGCCCACCUCGAUGUGACGUAUAUGAACAUCGGGUACAUGGUUUAGUUGGGAUGGGCCGUCCCAAGGACGACUGGUCACGGCUGACUACCGGUACGGCGUGAGGGAGGAUGCUGGGAACACUAGUCAAAGAGCUUUGAGCUUCAAGGUACGCAUCAAGACGAAGAGGAGUUUUAAGCUUGGUUCGAUAGGUACAUCACUCAUGGAGACUACGAUGGAGCUUGGUGCUUCUCAUAUCGGGGAC